AUGAACAAGUGGAUAAGUCAAGAAAAAACACAUUAUAUCAUAAUUUUUAUAUGUGUCAAACUUUUAAAAAAUUUAGGUAUAUUUUGCAAUAACAAACAGGAUUGCAAGAAUGAUGAUGAAUAUUGUAAUAUUUUAAACAAUUGGUUAUAUAUUUCCAUAAUAAAAUAUAACCUUAAUGGUAUAUUUUUUAGUUAUCUUUUCAAUCUUAUUGAAAAAGGGGCUACUAAACUGGAAUAUAAAAAUAAGUGUCCAUAUUAUUUCUACCAAAAAAAUUAUGUAGAACCCCUUGCCAUUGUAAUGCUAAAUAUAUUUGAGUCUAACAUAGGCGUUAUUAAGGACUCAUUGAUUGAUCAUAAUGAAGUAAUGAAAUGCACAUGUCAAGAAUUUGUCGAUAAAGUCGUAACAAUAUAUCGACAUGUGAAUAAUAAGUAUUGCUCUUCAAACAUGACUGAUCUUAUUGAAAGGGAAAAGAAAACAUGUUUAUAUUUAAAAAAUUUUGAGACAACAUAUGAUGUAUAUCUCAAAAAUCAUGAAUCUAUACAGAAUCAAAAAAUAUAUGUACCAUCUUUAAAACAUGAAGGCAAUUUAAUAUUUCCCCAAUGCAUACAGAAUGAUGGAGUGCAGCAACCAUUAGGUAUAGUUGAAGAACAAUUGCCAGAUGAUGAACAUGAAGACUUAAUCGAACAGCAAUUGGAUGAUGCAUUAAAGUUGCUACCAGAUUCAGAAUCAUUUAUUUCAAGUUCAUCAAUAAAAAAGGUUUUACCUACAUCUCUUGCUACUAUUGCUUGUUUCACUCCAAUUGGUAACAUGAUUCGUUCGAGUAAUAGAGUGAAAGCGACAAGUAAUUUUUACGAUGGAGAUGAUGAAAAAGAAUUAUUAUACCCCGUACAUGAUAGUAUGGAUAUAAACUCAUAUAUUCAGAGAUAUGACAUAGCAUAUGCAAAUUUAUGA